AUGGCCGAAGAGACAUUCAACUUUUCUGGUCUACCCUCUGAGAUUCGCGCUCUUAUCUGGGAGGCUACUCUUCCUCCAUCGCGGAUCUUCCACGUCAAGGGCACAUUAACAUUAGACCAGGAGAGGCCUCUUAAUUUCCACAUAUUACAUCCUCCGCCACUUGCGCUCCGCAUAUGCUCCGAGUCACGUACAGUGGCGCUUCAGAAGGGAGGCUUCUUUCUCGCUCACGCUGGCGCAGGGCCGUGGUUUAGUCCAAAGCGUGACAUUUUGUAUUUCGACCGCAAUCAGCGGCACAUGCUACGCUCCAGCGGCGGAAAGACUCAGAUUCGCGGAGGGGAUCAAGUCUUGCACGUCGGGAUGGAGUGGAGAGCUUGGUUUAAAGACGUGCCCCGACAGACUACCCCAGGUGACGAAGAUGUCCGUUUACACUAUCGCAGCGUGGUGAGAGGGCUUUGUCUGCAAUUACCCGCACUAGAAACCAUCCACUAUAUCCUCCCUCGCGUGCGCCACAAAGGAGGCGUUACAUGGGGACGAGAGCCCUACGGAGUGACCAAGUAUCACGCCGAGUUGGUACAUUUGCCAGAGACAACAGAUAUACCGUGGGCAGGUGCGGGAUUGGGCAUUCGGAUCGCAGUACACAACGGGGCAGCGGCAGGAAAUGCUACUCCAGAUGUCUUGGUGACCCCAGGCGUGGCCGAAGGGAGCAGGACGAUGUUGAGCAUGACGACGUGGGGAGAAAUCAAAGCCAACAUGGAGAGAGCACUGGAGGAGGAAUUGAGGGGAGGCCAAGAGGAUCAAGUCGUCGAGCUGGAUUGGACGUUGGAGGGUGAAGGACAAGGCAAUGAAGAGAUCAAAAAGUGCCCAUUUGCAGGAAACCAGCCACCUAAAAUUACGGGGUGGUGGCUAUUGAGAAAAGAUUGUCCGCAAGAAGAGCACCCUAGUAUAAGAGAAUUCAUGACCUAG